CGUGUGACGUACCGACGACGACGAGAUGCGGCCUCGAAAGCGCAGGCAAGUCGAGCAAGAGGACAACGACAGCGAGUCAGGCGGCGAUGAUAGACAAGCAGCCUUCAUCAAGCGGCUGAGGCAUGCCCAAGACAACGACGAGGAAUUUGCAAUUGGCCAAGACGAGGAUGAAGAGAUCUCGAGCGACGAGGACGAGCUGCGUGUGCCGACGAAGGCGAGGAGAGAGCAGAUUGAGGAGCCAGAUAUCGAUCUCGAUGAAGACAGUGAUGACGGCUCGGACGAAGGUUCAAUCGAUUUGGCAGCUGUGCUCGACGCUGGCAUGUUCAUGCCAAAGCCCGCUCCAAAGCCUCGAGUCCGCAGUGAGGCAGCAGACAACAGCCAAGCAGAAUCGCACGAUAGCGAUAAUGAUGACGACGACGACGAGCACGAUGGGAGCCAUGCGCGAUUACUCCAUCAUCUCACAGCGCUCUCUUCCAAGCCUGAGCAAGAUACCCAGCCAGUAGACGCCCGCGAUAGGUCCCGGAAACGUGCUCGCAAGGAGCAGAACGAGCUCUUUGCAGAGAGCGAGUUUCGCGCGCCUGGUCUGCGCGAACAGGCAGGCGAACAGGCGCUCAGUCUCGAUGAUCUCCUUUCCGGCCUCUCACCCGCGCAAAGAGUAUCGAUGGCAAAGCAACUGAAGGAUAUAGCACCGUCUGGUCAAAAAGACAAAGCGUCCAUCGAGUCGGGCGUUGGCAAGAAACACGCCGGUCCCCUUGCUGCGCCUUUGCCUGCUCUACAUCAAGCGAAAAUCGAUCGCACCGUUGCAAAGGAAUCUCUCGAUUCUGCAAUUCGCAAAUGGGAUGAGACGACCAGCAAAGUGCGAGGAAUCCAGACGCGCAAAGGGGUCACUGGCGAGUCUUCACGACUAGUGCUUCCUCUCGAGGCCCCCAAAUCCACUGAUCCUCGUCUCACCAAAUUGCAAUCGGCAGGCAAGCCUUUUACAGCUCUGGAAUCUUCAGUGCAGGCCUUCAUGCAAGAGAAGGGUCUCUCGUCGAAGAGUCUCCAAGAGGAUGAGAGCGCACGACUGGAGAACCUACCUGCAGACGAAGCGAGACAGCGCACGGCAGAGAUCAGGCGCGCUCGUGAGUUGAUGUUCCGAAUGGAACGCAAAGCAACAAGGAUUGCGAAGAUCAAGAGCAAGACAUUUCGAAAGCUACAGAAAAAGUCGGCAUUGCGUGAAGCUGCACGAGCAGGCGAGGAAGCGGAAAUAGCAAGCGAUGAUGAGGAAGAACGGGAGCGAUUGGAGGUACAGCGCGCGAGAGAACGGGCGACCUUGCGACAUACUGCCGACAAACGAUCUGGCGGUGCAUGGGCCCGUGGGAUCGGUCAAUACGAUGAUGGCAAUUCGAAUGUCGUACAGGCUGCUCGGAGCGAGAGAGCGGAUAGAGAAGCCGAACUACGUCAGAGGAUCAGAAGUGCUGUUCAAGGCGAACAGUCUGGCGAUUCGGACACGGACGGCGAGUCCGAUCAUGCGCUUAUUCGGUCUAGAGCAGCAGCGAAAGCUCAAGCACUGGCACAAAGCGACGAGGCUCCUCCUCGAGAAGAGGGUCUGAUGGGAAUGGAUUUCAUGCGACGCGGUGCUGCCCGAAAGGAGAAGGAGGUGCAGGCGCAAGUGGCAGAUCUGCAAAAGGAGCUAGCGGAGGCUGAUAGCGAUGGCGUGGAAGACUCUUUCGUUACUGCUCUUGAACCGAGCACUCGUGUCGAUGGCAACGUCGGUCGACUCAGUUUCCGUCCUGCUCCUUCGUCGUCGAGCAAACGAACCUCGACUCUUUCCAAGCCUGUCGCUGGAAAGAUCAGCUCGAACGAAGUGGCCGAGCCGGGAAAUGCUGCUGCACCGCUUGUGCAACGAGGUGAAGAACAGCAGAUCGAGGAGAAUCCAUGGCUCGCUCUCGGCAAAGACCGGCAUUCUCGCGGUCAAGCAAAGAAGGAGAGGCCUUCUGGCCAGGCAUCGCCAGAAGAACGCUCGAAAGCCAAGCUCAAAAAGACAACGAGCAAAUCAAAGACAAGCGUGGCAGCCCAAGCCGAGGAGGAUACAGUCAUUAUCGAUCCGACGAAAGCGAUGACGGCCGCCGAACACGAAGGCGAAGAUAGUCUGCCUGUUCUGACGCAAAGAGAUCUCGUGGCAGACGCUUUUGCAAACGAUCAUGUUAUUGCCAACUUUGCAGCCGACAAAGCGAGAGAGAUCGAAGCGGAUGCUCCUUUCGAAGAAGACACCACGCUGCCCGGGUGGGGUUCGUGGGGUGGCAAAGCGGCAAAGAAGAAAUCCGUCAAGAAGACAUUCGUCAAGAAGCAUGAAGGCGUGGCUGCAGAGGAUCGCAAAGAUGCCAAGUUGAAGCAUGUCAUCAUCUCGGAACGAACAGACAAGAAAGCGAACAAGUAUGCGCUCAAGGAUCUGCCGUAUCCUUACACUUCGGCGGCUCAGCUCGAGCACAAGCUUGCUCAGCCUCUCGGGCCAGAGUGGGUCACCCGAACGAUUCAGAAGCAGGUCACGAUGCCCAGUGUACUCGUCAGACCAGGUGUUGUCGUCCAACCAGUAUCGAAGUACAUGUAAUGCAUCUUCAUGCGGCUCGAGUGACAGCUCAUUCUACCGAGACGACGGCACCGACGGCUUCCAUGGCCUUCUUCAGCUUCUCUGCGUCCUCCUUGCUGCAGUCCUCCUUGAGCGUCUGCGGCAAGCUCUCGACAAACUUCUUUGCCUGUUCGCUCUCGCAUGUGAGCCAUGCAUAAUAUGACAAGAGCAAGCAAGAGAAGACUUGCCUCGACGAG